GUUUGUUAUUCAUCCUCACUAAAGAGAGUCACACAGACUGAAAACCAGACGAUCAGAUUCACCUUCAGAACAAACUAACAACUUCAUCUGAGUGAGUUCAUCUACAGGAGAGAAAAGUGGAAAACUACAACACUGCUGCUUCAACCUGCUGACGCUCCACACACUGAAGCUUCACUCAGAGACUAAAUGGCUUCAAGAUCAGAGGAGGAUCUCUGCUGUCCGGUCUGUCAUGACGUCUUUAGAGAUCCUGUUCUCCUGUCAUGUAGCCACAGUUUCUGUAACGACUGUCUGAAGAACUGGUGGAGAAAGAAGCAGACACGCGAGUGUCCAGAUGAAGCUGCACGACAACACAAGAGGCAACUUCAGGAAACUCUGGAGCCCGACGAGGCCAAACACCUGGGCAACCUGACCUUCAACAUCUGGAACAAGAUGAAGGAGAUGGUCUCCUACACUCCUCUGAUUCUGGAUCCAAACACUGCUCAUCCAGAACUCAUCCUGUCUGAAGAUCUGACCAGUGUGAGAGAAGGAGGGAAACAGCAGCUUCCUGAUAAUCCAGAGAGGUUUGAUAAACUCUUGUCUGUCCUGGGCUCUGAGGGCUUUAACUCUGGGCCUCACAGAUGGGAUGUCGAGGUUGGAGACAGUAAAGUCUGGUUACUGGGUGUGUCAGCAGAGUCUGUCCAGAGGAAGGGACUCAUACAGUCUGGAUUAUGGAUAAUACGGUUCUCUAAAGGUAAAUACUCAGUACGAUCACCAUCAGCUCCACACACUGAUCUCAGAGUCCAGAAGAAGCUCCAGAGGAUCAGAGUGAAUCUGGACUGGAACAGAGGAAAGCUGUCGUUCUCUGAUCUUGAUACUAACACACACAUACACACCUUCACACACACUUUCACUGAGAAGCUGUUUCCAUACAUUAUCACUGGUGGUAAACUGAAUAUAUUACCACUGAAGGUCUGUGUGACAGUGGAACAGAGCAGUUAAAGAGGAUGAUUAUAUUCAUCAUGUUGUUUGUUUCUUAAUGGGAAAGUCACUGAAUUUAACCUCUUAACCUGCACCUGUCCUCCUGCUGACUCAUUAUUCCAAAGAGAUGUUCAUUUUCGUUUCACUUAAUGUUUUUUUCAUUGUUUUAUUUUUGUUGUUGUUUAGUUGUUGCAUCGAUUGUCGACCUUUUCAUAUGUAAAAUAAUUGCAUUUAGUUUCUGAUCUUCAUGCCUUUUUUA